AUGUCUUCCGUUACCCCUGCUUCACAGAUACAUCUCCGCACACCCCCGGAGCCGGGAAAGAAGACCACGUCCAGAACCUACCUCAUCUAUUUUGUCACCGGAAAUCCUGGUCUCGUGGAAUACUACCGCACUUUCUUGACACAUUUGUACGGUCUGUUGAGUCACAACACAGCAUCUGAUCGCGAUGUUGAAUUUCAAGUCUACGGAAGAAGUCUGUCUGGUUUCGAAAUGAACAAUGCUGAGAUCAAAACGAUGAAAUGGCGGAAACAGCCCCCAUAUGGACUGCAAGACCAGAUCAGGCAUUCUGAAGACGAAUUGGCGGAUUUGGUAGAAGAAGUUAAAGAGCAGGGAGCCAAGGAUGUCAGGGUCAUUCUUGUGGGUCAUUCGGUGGGUGCGUACAUCUCUUUGGAGAUUAUACGUAGGUUGAGGGCACAUGGAAUGGCGGGCGAGGAUUUCGAGACGAGGGUUGUGGGUGCAAUCGGGCUGUUUCCUACAGUUGUCGAUAUUGCGAGAAGCGAGAGUGGGAUGAAAGCUUCUCCAUUCCUGAAGAACUCGAACUUCGCAACAUUCGCAGCGCUCUUCGUUAACUUCUUAACUUUUCUGCUUCCCAUUUCCCUCAUUGCGAACUUGAUAGCAAAGUUUAUGGAUUUCCCCUCAGACGCGGCGCAAACAACUGCAGCUUUCGUUAAAUCACCCCAUGGUAUUCACCAAGCACUACAUAUGGCGCGCGACGAAAUGUUUCAGAUUGACACCGACAUCUGGGACGAAGAAAUCUGGGGCGCCGCCGCCUCCGAACCCGCGACCAAGCAUCCGCAUCCCCGGCCAAUCUUGCGCUUCUUGUUUGCGCGCGAGGAUCAUUGGGUCGCGGAUGCGACUAGGGAUGCACUAAUUCACAGCCGUGGAAGAUUCAGCCGUGGAGAUGGUGUGGAUGAGAUUGAAGGGCAGGGCGAGAAUUGGAAACCUAUCAUGGAAAUUGACGAGAGAGAGGGAUGGCCUCACGGUUUCUGUAUUCGCCAUGGAGUGCCAGUCGCAGAGAGGGUAGCUGGGUACGUGAAAACGAUUGUGGCACAGGAUAUGGCGAGGAAGUAG